AUGAUGUUUUCCUUGGCCAGAAAUGCACUAAGGACUCUCAAGAGUCGAAGAAUUCAGCAAAGUAUGUCAAGACAGAAGCAUGUAAAACACUCACCAGAUUUCCAUGAUAAAUAUGGCAAUAUUGUGCUUGCUGGAGGAACCACUUUUUGUGUUGUUGCAUGGGUGUAUACAGUAACACAGAUUGGAAUAAUGUGGAACCUCUCCCCUGUUGGCAGAGUUACCCCCAAAGAGUGGAAAGUUCAGUAA